CAGAGCAGGCACUGACGUGCAUAUUUGCACGUUCUUUUUUUUGAGUAAAUGCUUCGGCAGAUCGCGGGCAGAAGGACAGAAAAGCAGAGAAACACAGAGAGAAGGAAAGAGCUGAACCGACUGGGUUGGGGAGAGAAACAGAAGGGUAAAGCAGAGUGGGAAAAAGGCACAUUAUUAGAGAACACCACCAGCUUUCUGGUCCCUACUUGAUUGACCGACUAUAAAGAGAAAACAUUUUAGAAGAUAGGAGCAAAAAAAAAAUUGUGUUUGUGGGAGAGAGACAGGAAAAAAAAGACUUAAAAUGUCAGUUUCCAUUGUAGAAGACGAGAGCUUACAUGGUUCAUGGGUGGAACUGAACUAUAACCAGCACAGCAGCCCCAGGGUCUUGGAGCACAUCCCCUCAUCAAGUUCCAUCCACAAUGGUGACAUGGAGAAGAUCCUGCUGGAUGCACAGAAUGAAACGGAAAAGAACAGUUCACGAGGCAGCUCCCACUGUGACAGCCCUCCAUUACUGAUGAGCCCCCAGACGUCUCACAUUCCCACCGAGUUUGAGACUGGAAGCGUCGGAGAUACCAACAGUACUCAGUCUGAUGAAGAGAGCCAGGAGAGGAAUGGAGAGAUUGAGAAAUUACUGAGGAACAAUGCGGAGUGGAUCUGGUACUGGUCCAGUCGACCAGAAAAUGUACCUCCAAAGGAAUUUGCCUUCAAGCAUCCAAAAUAUUGUUCGAGCCUGAGUGUACGGAAGACAGGCGUGAUGAAGAAAGGAGGGAUCUUCAGUUCCGAGUUUGUAAUGUUCCUCCUCCCAUCUCUCCUGAUCACUCACCUGUUAACGCUGGGAGUGGGAAUAUACAUCGGCAAGCGAUUGGCUGCGUCGUCGGCGAGUACCUUAUAAAAAAAACCUCCAGGAAGAUUGGAUCGCGCCCGAUAAAUGGCGGAGGUUUGACAUCGAACUCCUCACUCGUCCCUCGGUUCAACGGAUAUCGGCAGCAGCUGUGAUGGAAGUUACAGUGAUUCGAAGCGUUUUCUCAGUUACCCCGUUUCGACCCACUGUGACUUCUUGUUUGUUCCCUCCUCCCCUGUAAUUGUCCUCAUUGUGUACAAGCUAUCCUCAGCAGCGCGGGUAGUUGGCUUUAGACUGCGCUGCUGUUCCUCAGCUCUUGCUGGUGCAGGCGGAAUCUAUCUUAGUAACACGUGUCUUGCACUCGGACCGUCUGCCGCAGGAUUUGUGUAGAGCCUGUGUGCGCGCCUGUGCACCCAGGUGAACAUAUGGCCAUGUGUGUGCACUUCCCUCCUGUAUCCAAGUCCUGGAAAACCUGUUUCCCCAGACCCUGAGUCAUUUUAUCCGAGAGUUACAAAUGUCAGUUGGUCCCUCUCCACGUCAACACCAACGCAUCUUGACAAUGCCUCUGUUUGCCUUGCACUGCCAAGAAAAAGAAAUCAGCUUCACUUUCACCACAGCUCAGUAUUCCAGAAUGUCAGCCGACUUGUUUGGAAAUCCAUGAUGCUGUCACGGUAGCGGCUAGGAAAGCAGGUUAAUGAUUAUACAUUUCUUUUUAAAAAAAAACAAAAAUGCGACAAAAAGCAGUUUCAAGGGCAAUUGGGGAUGAGCAAUAAAUGCUGUUGCAGUCCUGCAACCGAAUAGAAGUUAAAGUAUAAAAUCAGAAAGUUCAAGUUGAGCCAUUUGGAAGUGAACCCGAGAAAAAUGAUCAUCUCGCGUAGGUCGGAGAGAAUAGUGGAGGGUUUCAGGUUAAUAGUCCACCUGCAGACCAUUGAUGCAGAGGUUAGAUUUUAUUGCUGUAUCUCCCUGCUGUAGAAUGGGAGUUUGGCUGAUAAUAGAAUGGUUUGUAUAAUCAAUCAAGGAUGCUCUGUAACUCUUUUAGCAGCAAAGUGAAAGUGGAUUGCCGCACUGAAGCCAGAUAGUAUACUUCUAAGCACUGCUGAUUGAUUGGCCGAUGAACCCAAAAUGGCUGAACCCUGACCAUGAAUUAAACCUUAAGAUCUAUAAAGCUUCAUGGUACAACCCUGCUGUGACCAUGAAACCCAUUCCUAGUCAACCCCACGUUGGAGGUCAGCUCCUGGGACCGUGGUAAUUCUGAUACAGCUGUGAAAUCUGUCACAUUGUGUCAUUCCAUUUUAAAACUCACUAGGGUCACUUGCUUCUUUUCCUUGCUCUGCUCAAGGCACUUCGUCGUGGGCACAGUAACAAGUGGCUGGAUAGGGUCAGGACCAUGUUACACUCCACGUUUUUGAUUUGGGGACUAAAGUGAUUCCUGGCUCCCACAGAAGGCAUUCCCAAGUGAGUGACUUUAAGCAGUUGGAGUAAGUCUCUUUGUUUCGACUCAGAGCUCACCCUCCCCGGUUUACGGAAGACCAUUUGAUCGACUCAGGGACUACAUUUUUCCUCAUCCCUUAACAACGAAGGGUCUGCUGCUUUAGUGGCAGUGCUUCUAGCUGGAAUUGAAACUGCGAGCUGAUAGAAAAGAAAUCCUUUGUUUAGGCUCUUUCACAACCUAGGGCACCUUAGAGCUACUUUUGUAGUCAUUGUACUAAUGUGGGAAACCGAUUGCGCACAGCAAGAUCUCACAAAGAGCAAUGAGAUAGUGUCUGCGAUGUGCUUUUUAGCGGUUUUGUUUAGGGAUUAAUAUUGACCAGAGUGCAAUACUCCCUGAUCUUUGAAAUGAUGCCACAAAACCGACUGCUUCCCAAACAACACCUCUGAAAGUGUGGCACUCCCUCAUUACCGCACUGGUGUGUCUGCCGAGAUCUGACACUCAAGUCUCUGGGGUGGGUCUUGAACGCACCACCUUCCGGAUCAGAGGUAAGGGUGCACCGUUACCUACUGAACCGCAACUAAAAAGGUAUCUAACCAACAACCUUAGCCCCCUGCUUCUGUCACCACAACCCAGGGCCUGAGCAGAUUUCACUUAGUCCCUGAGGAUGAUAGCUGUGUAGUAUUUCCUGCAUGCCUAGUAUAGGGGGUCAUUUGGCAAAGUUGGCUCACUGGCUGGGUUGCAAUGCAGAGUGAUGCCAACAGCAUGGGUUUGAUUCCUGCACCAGCUGAGGUGCCCAUGUAGGUCUUUUAUUCUCAACCUUGCCUGAGAUGUGGUGACCCUCAUGUUAAACUCACCACUCAGUUGUGUGUCUCUCUCUCUCUCUUUCUCUGUCAUGAGAGAACAAUCCUAUGGUCCACUGACAUUAUAGCAACUGCAACAAUACUUGGCUGAUAGCUGUCUGGUGUUUCCUGUAUUCCUACUGGCUUCAUGAUGUGGAGGUGCUGGUGUUGGACUGGCGUGGGCAAGGUCAGAAAUCACAUGAGACCAGGUUAUAGUCUAACAGGUUUAUUUGAAAACACAAGCUUUCAGUGCCUCAGUCCUUCAGUUGUUAAUGAGAGAGAUAGUAUCAGACACAGAAUUUAUAAGUAAACGAUCAAAGGUUCACACCAUUGAGGAUGUACUAAACAAACCUAAGAUGCUGUUAAAUCUUUAAUCAGUUAGCAUGUUUUAAUUGCUUAAUAUGUAUAUGUAAAUCCCCAAAUUCCUUUCAAGUCACUGUCAUGAGAGAACUAAAGGUUUUAUCAGUGUAAAGAAGAGGUCAGACAAUGCAUGAUCGGUGUGAGACCUUGUUUCGAAACAGUGUUUUAGUUUGGAGUCAGACAGGUUUUAUUUCUAAAGUAGGAAUUUAUAAAAUACCAUAUUGACUGACUGUCUAUAAAUUGUGUGCUUUUUGAACAAAAUAAAAUGUAUCUGCAAAAUAAAUUCCAUAGAUUCACGUGUGUGUGUGUGAGAGCAAGUAAGUGAGUGAGGGGGAGAGUGAGUGCGUGCGCGCGCGUGCGCGAAGUGGGGAGAGUGUGUGUGUGUGUGUAUAUGCGUGUGCGAGAGAAGGGGGAGAGUAUGUGUGUGUGUGUGUGUGAAUGUAUAGUGUGGUGGGGGUCACCUGUAGUGCACCUCCUAACUGAUUAAAGAUUUAACAGCAUCUUAGGUUUGUUUAGUACAUCCUCAUUAAUGGUGUGAACCUUUGAUCUUUUACUUAUAAAUUCUGUGUCUGAUACUACCUCUCUCACUAACACUUGAAGAAGGACUGAGGCACCGAAAGCUUGUGUUUUCAAAUAAACCUCUUGGACUAUAACCUAGUGUCGAGUGAUUUCUGACUACUGGCAUCAGGGAGACCUCCAGGUAAUGGCGAUGACCUACCUCCAUGACAAAGAUGGUCAAGCUCAACAUGAAGCAGCCGUCAAACUUUCAUGUGUGUAUAACUCCACAUCCUUCAACUAUUCUGAAAUGAACAAUAGUCAUUGAAUUUAGCUCAAACCAAUUUUUUUGCAUCAAUUAAACAAGUAUAAUUAUAUCAUCAUUAAAAUAUUUUCAGUGAACCUGGCAUUUGACUACUGUCCACCACCGUGAGUAUUUACAGGUAUUAGAUGAGGGUUAUUUGACUCAUUUUAGCUCAGAAUUCUCCUAAGAAUUCAUUUGUAAAAUGCCAGCAUGACUUUUACCUCCAGUACUGUAUCCGAGAGACACUUUUUAUUUGAGACAUUUCUAAGUUGCUCUUAAAUCAGCAUUUUACUAAGAUUGAUCCUAUGUUAUCUGGUCCCAUUCCCAAUACCGCAGUUUCUGCCUUUUGCAAUAUGGCUUGCUCCAAUUUCUGAGGCGUUGCCAUCCAUCUGCAUUUGAAAACUGAAAGGUCCAAGUAUCUCCAGUCUCUUAUUUCUUAAAAAGAACAGCUGUCCCAUAACUAGCGUUCAGUCUAUGUGCCCAGAGUCUGCACUGCAUCUGAAGUGUGAAGAUUUUCACCGUCUCUCUUUAACAAAGACCUCGACCUAAUUAAUUUAGGAAUGAAAUCAGGAAGAGUUUUAUCCACUUUAUACACAUUAGUGACUGGACUUGGGAAAAAUUUCCAAAGCUCUUCAGGAUGAAAAAUGCUUGAGCAAAAUAGUGGGAUCUUCAAUAUCUAAGCUCCAAUCAUUUGAUUACUCACCAGAAACCUCAUUGGAUGAGGGCACUCCAUUAUGGUGUAUGAGCAGAGAUCCCUUUUUAAUUAUUAAUGACUGGAAUUAAGUUUUGCAAUUAAAAGAUCUGUAAAUAUGCUUCAGCUUAUAACCCCCCAGUGUAAAAAGUAAUUAAACCUGAGCAGU